AUGCCGAUCAAAGCAAAACCUGUGGACCCACAAAGAGCUAUUGAGGUCGCGCGAGGUCAGCUAAGUACUUUGAACUCAUCUCAAGUGACUAUCUCCAAUAAGUCAGAUUUUAGCGCUUUUGACAAAUCUCGUCGACAGACAGUAGCUUUUAAUGAUAAUGAUGAUAAUAGUAGCACCACUACUAGUAGUGAGGCCACUACAACUCCUGAGGUACUUUUUUUAGGUCACAGGAGUAGUCAACGACAAGAACCACACAAACAGAGCCCUCAGUUUAAUGAUGCGGAGGAGUUCAUCCUAGAGUCCGCACGGAAGCGUACAAAGGCAUUGCUCUACCUAAAAAGUGAGUCCAUUGCUCAUAAUUCUGGUAUAUCCCAAGCACUUCCUCAGCACAAUGAACGUCUUCUUAGAUAUGAACUAGCCAAAGCACACAAAAUUGCAUCAAAAUCCGUACUUGAGGCAUCUCUUGUAUCGGAAGCACCUAACGUCCGUAGUAAUAGUGAUGCAUCAGAGUCACCUCAAUGCGUUGCCCCAAUCCCAGAUUCAACCCCAAGUCUUUACCUGACUGAGCUUAAGCCUUCACAGUCCCUAUCAAACUCCGAUGAGGAUGAGACGAAAUCGACAGGAAUCACCCACACUGUCGCGAACCUCCCCUAUUCCAAUAAUGCCGACACCACAUACCUUGACCCAGUUCAGGAGAGCUUUGCAACGCUUUUGGACUUACUGGGCAAGGACAUUCAGACUCGUCCUGAGCCCAGUGCGCGAGAUCUGAAACAGCGAUCACUGCUGGCAAAGUCGGAAAAUGGCUCUGAAACAAGACCAAAGCGCAGUGGUCCUCCACUUCCCCGCACUUUCGCUGAGCUAGAGCAGGAGGCUUUGGUGCAGCUUUAUCGAAAUUGGUGCGACCCCGCACAGGAAGAGGGUUCGCAAUCACCAAUACCGUUCGUGGCCUCCAAUCACACUGCCGAGGCUCUGGCCAUGUCCAAGGCGGUCUGCCAGGAUCGGAGGGGUAUCGUCUUUCCGGAGGAGAUGCACACUGCCCCAUCGCUCCUUCCAGAUGAGCCAAUGACACUGGAGGAAAUGAUCAUCUCAUCACAGGUCAGGCGAACCCAUGCUUUACGUCCAUCAUCGGCGGAUCCAGCUGACGAGGGAACUCUUUUGUCUAUACCGGCAGCACUUUCUCAGCAGGCGCAGGAGAGGCUCAAUAGGUUUUGGUUGAGUGUUAUGUGGGUAGAACGUCUAGUGAGCGAUAUGAGGUUUGCUCGCUCGCUCGCUGGGUUUCUUUAUGCCCACCACAAAAUUUUUAUGAGGUAUAUCAUUCACCAGACAAAGGGAAAGACCUUCAAAGAGAUCGAUGAUCAUGAUCAUGAAGAGUACGAUGUUUAUGAAAAGUUUGGACAUCAUGUCUCUACUGCGCUUUUGCAUGUGUUGACUCAUAACGUUCCUGGAUUUGACGAAGCCGAGUUCGUGGAGGAACUUUAUGAAUACCCUGUUAACUUAAAUCUUUUUGAUGGCGAUGAAAACAGCAGCAGCGCACUUGGAUCGCAGGGUAUCCUGUCCUACCAAGCGUGGCGUAUCAUUUCAGCCAUGAGUGACUUUGAAUCAUUUUUCCUUUGGAUGAUCGACUUCAUCAAUGAAGAGUACGAGGUAGAGCUGAGUUCAAAGGCGCUUGUUGCCGUUGGUGGGGCUCGUGGUUUACGAGCCCUUCUUCAAUCUACAUAUCACUUUGAAAGAAAGGCUGAUACGGAAACCUCAAGCAUAUCUUCUCCAUUACCCUUGACAGUGCCAUCAAACGUUGAAACCGUUGCUAGACCUUCUUCAUCUUCAACUGAAAAUGUCUUAGAGGUAAAGUCUCAAGUAUUUCUUUCUAAAAAACAACCCGAAGAGUCAGCGUCGCAGGUGGACCAGACAAGUGAGAUGUCAUUUGCUUUUAUUACCGAUGGCACAAAUUCAUUCAGACCAAAGACAAUGUCGGCUAGUAUAUCUUCUGAUGUUACUACACAAAACCGUAAAUUGCUGAGACCCACACCGUCGGGAAGCGCUGGUAGUCGUCGUUUUUUUCAUCCCAAUAAAACUUUGAGGGCGCGUGCAGUUCGAAACUUGCCUGCGCUUCACGUUCCGAGUCCCGACAACUCUAGUUUAGAUCACCAAUCAAGUAGUAGAAAGAAAAGCGAACUGCGGGAUAGCUAUCCAGGUGCUUUGAAAUCGUCUGUUAGUCCACAAAAAAGUGGCAACAUCCGCCAAUCUACAGCCGAGGUGACGUCCACAUCUAUCGCUUCUACUAGAAACACUAGUGCACAAAAAAAGGUCGUCAGAUUUGCUUCUUCUACAGCCCCUAAACUUCCAACUGCACGCACAAAGUCUAAAGGAAAAUGAAAGCCUAAGUGGUUUUGAUUUUCUGAUACUUUACUCUUUUAUUCACUCAUAGCGAUUCCUUAGGAUUAACUGGCGUGCAUUUGUCGGUUCCGAACUCAGAUAUGCAGUUUUAUCAAUUUGCAUUUUUAAACUCAUUUCCUCUGAUUUUUCUUUAGUGCCCAGUAUGAUCAAUUUGUACUCAGUAUUGAAAGGUAUUAGUUUUCUCAUGUGAGAUCGAACUGAUGGUAGCAGGAAAAAAAAGAGGACAAUAAAUGAGAAAUCCGUUACGCAAUGUGAUUAUAAAAAAAAAGUAUACAACUACUGAAAGACUGAGAGAAGGAUCCGAAACGUACAGGGAAGUCUUUUUUGUAGAAAAAAAUAAAAUCACCUAGCCAAAGUACAACUAGUUUGAUAAUCUAGAUUGAUUCACUUUUAAAAGUAAAUAAAAUGAUAACUCGUAUGCAUCACAGGUGGGGGGCUUAUGCAAAGUUGAAGUAACCAUCUUUUAUCGACUUAGGGUAUGUAGCGAAUUGAACAGGUGAUUAAUGAUCAAAAUAUUAUCAAUCUCAUGAAUAUGCACACGAAAUAUCCUUCCAAGCGAUUUUUUUAAUUUUGUGUGUCUGAGUGAAGGUUACUUUUGGUAUGCUUGUUGUAUGACAGGGAAAUAUUUCUUUA